AUGGCGGCUAUAUACAAUAAGAAUGCGCCAUUGUGGCCAAAUAAGGAUGAAUAUUUCUUUCGUGAUCGUGAUAUUCAACGCAUCCGUCAGACGGGACCACGUUGUGUAUCAACGACUCUUGCAAUGUUGGCGGGAAAAUCACCGGAAGAUUUUCAAGGCAGAAUGAACACGCAGGAUCCAUAUUCUUGGUCAGAAGUACUGCAACCAUAUGGAAUGAAGCUGGCCUACUGUACUGCAGAUGUACGAAAAUUGAAAUUCUAUAUGAAUGAGCUCGUUGGUAUGGAUGAUCUCUUCACACUUAGCUAUUAUACAACUCUUAACCCGGAAGCUAUUCUUGGUGAUCCGAACAAUGAAGGUUGGAUAACUGGCUCUCAUAUUGUCAUUUUGCAUCGAGAUAAGAUUAUUGAUCCUGCUACAGGAACAGCAACGCAGGCAAUCGAGCAUCAUUGUAAUAAUUAUCAUACGAAACGUAUUUUUCGCAUAGUACCUAACGAUUAUGUUCGUGGACUUUGA